CCGCGGAGCCCCGGAAGCGGCGGGAUUUCCUGUGCCCGCCCCGCGCCGGCCGCUGUCGCUGUCGCUGUCGCUGGCUGUGCGGGCCGCGGGCUCCGCCGCACCGGGCGGGAGGCAGCGCCGAGGGGCCCAGCCGGGGUGCCCUGCCUCCCAGACACAUAAGCAAACAACAGAAUUGAAAGCCCAGGAACCCAGGCGCCCUUACGGAAGGGGUCAUCCGAACCAGGGAGAGAGAGAAAACAGGCCACAGCUCGUGCUUGCUGCAGAAAUGCUUUCUGAACAGACAGUAGCCCUGGGAGCAGGAUGGGAGUCGAUGAAUGCACAGCCCGAUGGAGCACAGCCCCAGCCAGAAAGAGGAAACCAGGAAGAGGGCCCCUGGAGAGCAGCACCAGGGCCACUGGACCCCCUUUGCUGUGACCUUCAGGAGGAGCCACUGUCCCUUCAGGAGAAGGCUCAGGCUGCUCCCUGGGUUCCUGCAGUUCCCCAGGAGGGGAACACCGGAGACUGGGAAAUGGCAGCUGCUCUUCUGGCAGCAGGAUCCCAGGGCCUGGUAACCAUCAAGGACGUGUCACUGUGCUUCUCCCAGGAGGAGUGGCGGAGCCUGGACCCCUCUCAGACAGACUUUUAUGGAGAAUACGUCAUGCAGGAAAACUGUGGGAUCGUUGUGUCCCUGAGGUUUCCAAUUCCCAAACUGGAUAUGCUUUCUCAACUAGAGGGGGGAGAAGAACAGUGGGUCCCUGACCCCCAGGACUUAGAAGGGAGGGACAUCCUGAAGGUCACAUAUACAGGAGAUGGAAGCGAACAUGAGGGAGAUACUCCUGGCCUUGAGGCAGAGCCUCCCAGAAUUGUAUCCAGUGUGUCUGAAGACACCGUUGUCUGGAACGCAGGGCAGGGUCAGCCGUGGGAGUGCACGCCCAGGAGCUGCAGAGGACCGCUCCUAAGCCCACCUCGUCUUCAGGAAGACAGCGUCUCACACCUUCUGUGUAGCCCGGAGAUGGAUUCUCUCUUAAAGCCCCACACGUGCCCUCAGUGUGGGAAGCAGUUUGUGUGGGGCUCCCACCUGGCCAGGCAUCAGCAAACGCACACUGGCGAGAGGCCCUACAGCUGCCUCAAGUGUGAGAAAAGCUUUGGGCGGAGACAUCACCUCAUCAGGCACCAGAAAACCCACCUGCAUGACAAGCCAAGCAGGUGCUCCGAGUGUGGCAAGAAUUUUCGGUGCAGCGCCCACCUGGCCAGCCACCAGAGAGUGCAUGCGGAGGGCAGGUCACCCUGCAAGGGCCAAGAGGCCGGAGAGAGCCUCGGGGCUCAGAAUCAGCAGCAAGCCCCGCCCGUGCCAAGGCGCCACGUGUGCACCGAGUGUGGGAAGAGCUUUGGCCGGAGGCACCACCUGGUGAGACACUGGCUCACCCACACCGGGGAGAAACCCUUCCAUUGCCCUCGAUGUGAGAAGAGCUUCGGCCGCAAGCACCACCUGGACAGGCACCUGCUGACCCACCAGGGACAGAGCGCCGGGAGUGGCUGGGACAGAGGGGCGUCUGUCUUCUGAAAUCCGCCUUUGCGGAGCUAUAGUCAAAUCUGUCAGCUGGUGCUACCAGCAGCCACUGCCAUAGCUGCCCCUCCCCUGUGCCCUGAUGGCCAGGACAUUUGUCACCAGUUCUGCGAGACAACAUAAGAAAAAAGAGUUCUUGGGGCAAAAUUUUUGGCAGCAGUGCAAAGUGUGGCUAUUCGGCUGAACCCGCUCUGAAGGGUACAGUGGAGCCAGCAGUGACGGUUGAGGUCCGUUCUCUUUGGUUGGGGUCUGUGCUGUACCGGUUCCUAAAUAUUUAUGAAUCACCCUGUGUGCUGAUCAUAUUCUCUACAGAGAAAGUGAAAGGGGCCAUGUUAGUGUAUCGAGGGCUCUGAGAACCUCUGCAGCCCAUUAGUGUCAAUUGAAAGCAAGGGGGCUAGACAGUCUUGUGCGGGUCUGGCUCCUUUGCCCCGUGAUUACAGGCCUCUCACCCCUACCUCUGAAAAAAAUGUAGUGAUCUUUCACUCCUAUUCCCCUCAUCCUGCAUACACACACGCACUCAAACACACAUGUAUACCACAUACAAACACACACACACACACACACACACACACACACACACACACGGACACAGCUGAGAUCAGGUUACAAAGCUAGAGGAUAGACUUUACACUCCCAAGUAAUGCAGGCCCACACGGAAGGAAAAACUAUCCCCUUGAACAGAGCAGAGCCGUCUCCUGUCUGUGGUUUUGUGUCUGUGUAUAUGUGCGCAGGCUCUUUGAUGAGAUCCUGCUCAGUGCAAACUGUACAGGCUAGGUUUUCUAGGAAUUGUGCUCUAGGGAUAAGGGUAGUUGGGAUGGUACGGGUUUUUGGUUUUGUUUAAAAGCAUUCUGAGCGGUAAAGGGAGGCAAGGUGGAAAGGUGUGCCUAGGGUUGUGUACAAAGUCCUUGGUGUUCCCAGGAUGUAGACAGUUGUGGGUUUGUGUAUCUGGCUCUGGGUCUCUGGGAUGACAAUUGUUUUUCCCUACAGAGACAGCGUUGUUCGUUGGCCUUGAAUGAGGUGACGGUGGUUCGUGCUGCGUGAGGUUCUGUCUUGUCUUGUUUUAAGUGCUGGAAUCACAGCGUGGCGAGUCACGCUCAUCAUUCUUGUUUGACUUUCAAAGCUUCUUCAGAGGGAAGAACCGAUGUUGCGCACCUCAUCCUGCUAGGAGAAAGAACUUUAGGGGAGAAGGCUGUAGCUUAGCUUGCCGGCUGUGAGGGUAGUGAGCUUUCUGGUGUUCCUCCUGGCUCUGGGAAGGGCCUCACCCAGAAGACUCCAGGCUCUAAGGUUAGCUGCCUGCACCGGGGCUCGUUCAAAUAUUCUCAGGCCUUUUGGUUCGUGAGUUGAUCCAUUUUUUGUUUGUUCGUUUGUUUGUGAUGGUGUUAAUACCAAUCUUACAACUUAACCUCUAUUUAAGGGAAGUUUGGAAUUAGGGAGGAGGAGAACGUAAAAGUGGGUAUUUUUCUUUUCAAGGCUCAUGCUGAUUUUCCCCCUAAGAUAUUCAUUUCUGGAACAUAGUUGGAAUUAUUCAGAGAAGCCAACUAGUUUGCAGCACUAGUUAAUGAGGUCCCUGCUCAGGAAAAACUGGGUGAAUUAGAGUGCUUGGGCCCUGGGCUCAAGAGGAAUUGAAAUUUUGCUGACUGGGCCUUUUGGUUAUUUGAGCAGCCUCCAACUCACCCCUGCUGCUGAGAAUAGCCUUCCUUCUUGAGCUGGGCUGCACUCUCUUGCUUAUGUUAUGAUGAAUUAAGCAAAACCAGGCAGCCCUUUGCAAGCAGGCCUUAUCCUAGACCCCCACCACCACCAAAAAAAGAGGCUUAUUUUAGAAUCAGUAUUAAGAGAAUGAGAAAAUUUUCCAACUUUAAUAGAAAUAUUUAAGGGAAGUCAGUUCUGUGCCAAGCCCUCUGUAGCAGAGCAUGCUUCAGAUUACAGAUCCCUUGAGAAUCUGAUGGAAACCAGAAUUGACUUUGCAGAAAAGAUCUUUAUGUUGACUCAUUUUCAUACGCAUUAAGUGGACUCAGAGCCUGCCUGUGGAAAUGAUAAACUGAAGCAAAGGGGAAAAGGUGUUCUUCGUCUCCGCCCUUAAUUCCAGCGCUCGGGAGGCGGAGGCAGAGGCAGGCAGAGGCAGGCAGAGGCAGAUGGAUCUGUAAAGUCCUGGAUGAGCUGGGGGCAAUGUAGUGAAAUCCUGUCUAAAAUUUAUCCUGUUGGAUUCUGGGUGCUGUACAGAUGCCCGUGUCAAGAACUGCAAGCAAGAUCCAUUCAAUAUUUUAAGGACUGAAAUGCCAGAAAGCACCACGGGGUGAGGACAGCGCCUGGUCUGCCUCGACGUUGCUUAUGCUGUGCUCUGGAUUAGGAGCGUGGACACGCUCACAGCUCAGCUCACAAACCUGGCUUCCAGGACUUGUGGGCAUCCUCUCCUACCUAUCAGAUACCUCUUAAAAACUACAGUUAACCUCCAGCCUUUUAUCUGCUUUAGUAAUUGCAGGGAUGGAAAGGGCAGGUGCGAUCACAGCACCCAGCUGGAAGGCAGCACCGAGUUUCACGGCUUUUCGCAGAAGGAACAGCCCUUUGGCUCAUUUCUGAUGUAUCAUUAUCUUUUCUACCUCGGUCCAAUACCACCUCCUUUGGACAAAUAAUAAAACAAGCAACAGCCAU